AUGAAGGAUGAUAAUUCAAUUGAAUUAAAUAAAGCAGCACCAGGAUUAUUUCCUGUACUAAUAAACAAUAAAGAACUACUUGUGGCUAAAAAAGCACAUUGUCAUAGUCAUUACCAUAUUCAUGACCGCAAGUAUUACAAAAAUAACAUUAUUUACGAUCAUUCUUCAGUAAGUUUAGAUUCCAAUCCAUUAAACGAAUACGAAAAAAACUUAAAAAAAAGGCAUGACAAAUCUUACAACUUUUCGCGAAAUUAUUCCGAAGAUAAUAAUGAUUAUUGCAACGAUGAAACAUAUAGCUUUGAUAGUAGUGUAGGAAGUGAUAUUGAUUCUAUAAAUCGUUUAUAUUUUCUUCAAGUUUUGAAAAAGCUGCCUGAGAAUUACAAACAAGAGUUAAUUAAUGAUAAAUUUUAUUUGACAAAGCUAUAUAACUCUGUCCAAUUUUCGAGGGAGCAUAUUGAUAAAACUCCUUCUUGUGGUACUGGUACAAAAAAUACCAAUGUUGAGAACCCAAUAGUUAAUGAAAUACAGUACGAUAAUUUUCUGGAAUAUGAAAAGGCAAUAUUAAGAGAAGAUAAAUUAAGAACCAAGUUUUAUGAAUAUAAAGAUGGUCUAUCUAACAGUUUGGGCGAGAAAUUGGAAGUAUUGGAUGAUUUGACUUAUUUUUAUGUAAAUGCUCAAGGUUAUACUCCGUCUGUUAGAAUUAAUAAGUAUCUCAAAAAUGUUAAUAGCAAAACUAGCGGUAAAUACUAUCAUAAAUCUUUUUCCAAAUAUAUUAGGCGUAAAACUAUGGGGAAAUUGCAGAAAACAAAAUAUGCCAAGAAAUUUUUCAAUCAUUUAUUUUAUAAAAACACUGCAAAUAAAAGUAACAUAAAGAAUUGUACUAUACUAAGAACGUUAGAUAGUCAACCCAUAACAGAGAUCAUAGAUGAAAAUGGGCCAGAAUAUGGAUAUAUAGAAACGAGGUUGGAACCUAAUUUUUUUAAAAACAAUAAUGGUAAUUUUUAUAUAAAUAUUAUAGAACAACAACAAGAAACAGAUCUAAUUGAUUGUGAACUUGUGGAUGAAGAUGCCUACUACAACAGUAAUAACGACAGAACACACCAUUAUUUAAGGAAGCGUAAAUCCGGGCAAAAGUAUGCCUUACAAAGAAAACUAGGCAUAAGGCAUUUGCAAAUGCUUUCAUUAGGAGCAACUAUAGGUAUUGGUGUCUUUUUAAACUCAGGAAUGAAUUUUUCAAUAGCAGGACCGUUGGGAGCAUUUCUGGGGUUUUUAUUUAGUGCAUUUAUAGUGAUCGCCACAUUAUUAUGUUUUGCAGAAAUUGUUGCAUUAAUUCCACUAAUUGUGGCCAUUUCAGGUUUAGUUUCCAGGUUUAUUGGAGACGCCGCUGGCUUUGCCGUUGGUUGGGUUUAUUGGUUAUCAUAUGUUAUUUCAUUUCCAGCAGAGCUAUUGGCCACCACAAUAUUAUUAUCAUACUAUCCGAAAUUUGAUGAAUUAACAUACUUGAAAGGACAUUUUGCUGGGUUUUUGAUUAUGUUUGUUUUAUUUUUAACUAUAAUUAAUUUGAUGGAUGUUAGAGUUUAUGGAGAAAUUGAAUAUUUUGCCAGUACUUUUAAAUUAAUAGUUAUCACAUUUAUGAUUAUAUUAAUGAUCGUUAUUAACUGUGGCGGCAUUGGUAGUGGUGUUAAUGAUAGAUCUUAUAUCGGUUUUAGGUUUUGGGAUAGAUCAAAAUCACCAGAGGAGCAUAUCACAUACGGUCCGUUUAGACCAACCUUUGAUUUGAAGGACACGGGUAAAGGUGCGCUCACCGGUAUUGGUGGUUUUGGUGGUGUUCUAUUGGAAUUGAUUGCAUCUACCAAUAAUUCUUUAUAUUCUUAUAUAGGGUCUGAAAUCGGAUUUGUUGCUGCUGGUGAAGCUACCAAUCCAAGAAAGGCGGUACCAUCGGUAACUAAAAGAAUAUACACAAGGGUUAUUGUUUUUUACCUAUUAUCCAUAUUUGCUGUUGGAUUAAAUAUAUAUUCAGGAGACCCAAGAUUGCUGCGAUAUUCAGCAAAUGCUAGGCAAUAUGUAGAUGGACAAUAUGCUGAAUUUAGUGAUAUUCUAAAUAAACUUGGUGGUUCCUAUUGCCAGAAUCCCUACAAUGACGGUAGUUUAAAUCUUAAAGAAAGUCCUAAUCAAUCCCCAUGGGUAAUUGCGUUAAAAUCAUUUAACUUAUGUUCAUUUGCAAGUUCAGUCAAUGCAUUUUUUGUUAUUAUUGGUUUAUUUGCAGCAAGCUCGCAACUAUAUGUUAGUUCUAGAACAUUAUAUUCCAUGGCGAUUCAACAAAAGGCUCCACAAAUCUUCUCUACUUGUAACAAAUAUGGUGUCCCCUACAUGUCUGUACUUUUUUGUGGGUCCUUUGGAUUUUUAAGUUUAUUGACAUUAGAUGGUACAGCAACAACAGUUUUAUAUAGUUUGGUUCAAAUUGGUACACAAGGUAGUGUGAUUAUGUGGUUUGCUAUGAAUUUAGCGUUUUAUAGAUUUUACUGUGCGUUGAAAGGAAGAGUAGAUAUUGUCUCCAGGGAUUCCAAAGAAUACCCAUAUAAAUCGCCUUUGCAGCCAUAUUUAAGUAUCUUUGGUAUGAUUUCUACUUGUUUUCUCCUGGUAACCACUGGUUUCCAAAAUUUUAUGGAUUGGAAUACUAAUAAUUUUAUAUCUUCUUAUUUGACCGUGCUUUUAUUUUUCGUGUUAUAUAUUGGAUAUUCUUUGAUUAAGAGAAGUGGUAUUAAUAAAUUGGAGGAAUUGGACUUAGAUUCCGGUAGAAAGGAGAUGGAUAGAAUUAUUUGGGAAGAGGAUAAAGAUUAUUCUCCAAACUUAAAAGAAUUACUACACAAGGUUUUCAGUUAUAUUUGA